AUGCCCAAGCAAGAAGAUGUCGCCGUCAUCGCUGAGCAGUCGGAGGUCAACCGACUUAUGGCCUUGGACACCAGGCCAUGGUAUCAAAAAACCAACCUCUGUUUCCUCUACAUCUGUCUUGUGCCAGCAGCUCUAGGCGUUGAGAUGACCACCGGAUAUGAUGGUUCUGUCCUCAACGGACUGCAGGCCGUUGAAUCCUGGCAGAACCACUUCGGGCAUCCAAAAGGAGCGCUACUGGGAGUUACUGGCGCGUCUUAUAACCUUGGUGGCCUGCCUGUCUUGCCCAUCGUCCCGUGGGUCAUUGACCGAAUUGGCCGCAAAUAUAGUAUUGCCCUUGGUUCCGUUAUCCUGAUCAUCGGCACGAUCCUCCAGACUUGCUCCAUUAAUACUUGGAAUCUAGUUGGAAUGUUCCUCGCCUCACGACCCCUCCUCGAUACCGGCAUCCCCUUUGCCGUUUCUGGAGCUUCGCAGCUGCUCGCCGAGCUUACGUAUCCUCGUGAGCCCCUGUUAUGUCUAGGCUCUCUAAUGCAUGCUGGUUCUCCGGCGUAA